AUGCGCGCGAAACAGAAGACGACGCUCUUCCUCGCCGCGUGCGCGCUCCUCGUCGCCGUCGGCACCGUCGCGACGGCCCCGACGCGCCGCGACGGCGUCUCCCCCCUCGCGCGACGGUCGCGGUCGCUCCUUAUCGAAGUCCCCGGCGUGUACCCCGUCUUCGGGUUCCUUCCGUACGACCCCGCGUCGCUGUCGUCGUGGCUGCCCUGGCGCCCGCGCGCGCUCGACUUCACCGCGAACGACGGCGCCGUCGUCGGCGAGUUCACCGCGCAGAAGAGCGGGUACACCGGUCUGUCCGUCUCCGGCGUCGCGAGCGUCGACGUCGCCGCCGGCGGCGGCGGCGGCGGCGGCGGCGACCAGGCCGCCGUCGACGCGGACGCCGCCGCCCUCGAAGCCGAGUCGAUCGACGGCGAUCGAUUCAUCGACCCCAGCGGCGGCGGCGGCGGCGGCGGCGUCGUCCCCGGAUCGGCCGUGAACGGCGGAAUCGGGACCCCGGAAGACCUCGUCGGCGCCGGGUUCGGCGUCGGCGGCGGCGUCGGCGGCGUCGGCGCGGGCGUCGGCGCGGACGUCGGCCUCGGCGGCGGGAUCGGCGCCGCGGGCGUCGGCGGGAUCGGCGGAGGUGUCGGCGGCGGCGUCGGCGGCGGCGGGUUCGGGAAGUGA